AUGGUCGCAGACGCCCUCAUCUACCACCCCACGGUGUCGCACUACCUCAGGUUCGUCGCGACCACCGUCGGCCGCGACAAAGUGCUCCGCACGCUGCAGUAUUUUUCGCGCUUCCUCGCCUGGUACCUGUACCGCACCAACCGCCCGCUCAGCAGCAUCGCGCCCCUGGACGCGAGCAAGAAGCAGCUGGGCACCGCGCGCAAGCUCAUGCGCGUCGGCAAGUUCGUCGAGCACUUCCGCGCCGCCGCCGUCGCCUCGGACAGCACCGCGCUCGACCCGGUCGUCAGGUUCACCACCGUCGGCCGCCAGCUGGGGUACGCGCUGUACAUGGCGCUCGACAGCGCCAACAUCCUCGACGCGACGGGCAUCCGCAAGAGCACCCACGGCGCCCGGCUGCUGCGCGAGGCGAACCGGGCCUGGUUCGCGGGCCUGUCCUUCUCCGUCGCGCACGGCCUGUACGCGCUGUACGGACUGCAGAGCCGCAAGAGCGUCGUCGCCGCCAGCCCGGACCCGGAGAAGGUCGUCGAGCAGAAGAAGGUCAGCAAGGAGCUCGAUGCGGCCAAGCUGCAGCUGCUGACCGAUCUGUGCGACAUGACCAUCCCCCUCACCGCCCUCGGCUGGCUGCACCUGGACGAUGGCAUCGUCGGGCUCGCGGGCACCACGAGCUCGCUGCUGGGCGUGUGGGCGCAGUGGAAGAAGACGGCGUAG